AUGAAGAAGAAGCUGCAGGCGGAGAAAGAUGUCGGCUCUUCCAACACUGAAGGUGCGACUUCGAGUGAUGAGGAUGACUCGACGAAAUCGGAAGAAGGUUCUGGAACCUGUGAGAAGAGCGAGAGUGCCGAAUUGGCCAAGAAAGAUCCAUUGUCGCCGGAGAAGUGUACGGGAACGUCCGCGACGCCGCCGUCCACAGGGAAGGCAAAGAAGUCGGUGAAACUGAAACUGCAGAGGCCCGACGAAGCUCCGAAGCAGACGACGUCGCUGCUGAUGUCGUAUCAAAGUAUGAGGAGUCCUGAGUUGAGUGCACUCAUCGUGGAAUCUUCGAAGGAAUCUUCGGCGGCUAUGGUGGAGGAGGCCUGGGAGAGACUCAAGAAGUCGUACGUUUACUACAGAGGCAAGCCGGUGGGGACUCUUGCUGCUAUGGAUCCAACGGCCGAGGCUCUAAACUACAAUCAGGUAUUUGUGAGAGAUUUUGUUCCUACUGGUUUGGCCUGCCUCAUGAAGAAUCCAGCAGAGCCAGAGAUAGUAAAGAACUUUCUCCUAAAGACCCUCCACCUCCAAGGUCGAGAGAAAAUGGUUGAUAACUUUACACUUGGAGAAGGUGUUCUUCCUGCGAGCUUUAAGGUUUCAAAUGAUUCAGAUCGUGCCAAGGAAACUAUAGUUGCAGAUUUUGGUGGUAGCGCAAUUGGAAGAGUUGCUCCGGUUGAUUCUGGAUUCUGGUGGAUCAUAUUGCUGUGGUCAUAUAACAGAUGCACUCGUGAUCAUGCGCUGGUGGAGCUCCCUGCGGUGCAAAAUGGAAUGAAACUGAUACUCAACCUCUGCCUUUCAGAUGGCUUUGACACAUUUCCAACACUUCUUUGUGCAGAUGGCUGCAGUAUGAUUGACAGGAGGAUGGGCAUAUAUGGUUAUCCAAUUGAGAUCCAAGCACUUUUCUACUUUGCAUUGAGAUGUGCAAUGCAGCUGUUGAAGCCAGAGCGUGGUGGUAAGGAAUUUCUUGAGAGGAUAGAUAAGCGCAUUAUAGCUCUCAGCUUUCACAUCCAGAAGUACUACUGGCUUGACUUUACUCAUCUCAAUAACAUAUACCGCUACAAAACGGAGGAGUAUUCCCAUACAGCUGUCAACAAGUUCAAUGUGAUGCCAGAGUCCAUCCCUGAUUGGCUUUUUGAUUUCAUGCCAUUGCGAGGAGGGUAUUUGAUUGGCAAUGUUAGCCCAGCUCGCAUGGAUUUCCGGUGGUUCUUAGUUGGGAACUGCAUUGCAAUUCUUAGCUGUUUGGCCACACCUGAUCAAGCUACAGCCAUAAUGGAUCUGAUUGAGGAGCGUUGGGAGGAUUUGAUCGGUGAGAUGCCUCUGAAAAUUGCAUAUCCAGCAUUAGAGGGACAUGAGUGGAGGACAAUCACAGGAUAUGACCCCAAGAAUACGAGAUGGAGCUACCACAAUGGCGGUUCAUGGCCAACACUGCUGUGGCUGCUGGCUGCGGCUUGCAUCAAGACUGGGAGGCCUCAGAUUGCAAAGAGGGCAAUAGAGCUGGCAGAGCAGCGGCUCUCCAAAGACGGGUGGCCUGAGUACUAUGAUGGUAAGACAGGGAGAUACAUUGGGAAGCAAGCGAGGAGGCACCAGACAUGGAGCAUCUCUGGCUAUUUGAUUGCUAAGAUGAUGAUAGAGAAUCCAUCCAAUCUUCUAUUGGUUUCUCUCGAGGAGGACAAGAAAAUUGCCAAGCCAAGGCUCGCCCGUUCUGCUACGGUUUAAUUGUAACCACAGUGGCAGUAUAUACACACUACACAUAACAGAUGACAGUGAGGAGUUUGGUGCAUUGAGAGAGGUAUAUACAUGAGGCAUGCUAUAAUCAUCAUGGCUUAUGAGGGUUCACUAUAAGCUGUGUUGCAAUUUGUUUUCCUAUUUCCCCUGAAUGGUGGAGGAAACAAUUUUGAUUACUCAUUGAGAAACAGUUUUGUGAUUCAUUACAAUUCAAUUGGAUGAGACCUUUA